AUGAAUUUAGGAAUAGAUUAAAUAAUCCCUAAUUUGUACAGUACCAUAGGGAAUUCUAUUUAAUCGACUAUUCUAGACGACUGCGUAUUGGAGUUUCAAAAAUAUUUGGAGAAAGUAUUUCCAAGUUAUUUUUAAGACUCCUAAGCAAAGAAAUUGGUUUUUAAAGACCAAAUGACUACCAAUAUGAUAACUUCACUGUUGGUAUUGACAAACCAGUCAAAUUUUAUGAAACCUUAUGAAAAAGAAAUGACUACUUAGACUCUUAAUAAAUUAUAUAAAAUUGUAGAAGAAAUAUCACAGCACGAGAAAAUUCGAAUUUUGAUUAAUUAAACUAUAUUAAAUAUAGAACGAGAUACCAAUCGAAUAUUAUAGGAUUUAUAAGAUUUAUUUUAAUUACUAUUCUCUUCGAAAUCUUGUGGUAAAAUGAUACUAUUAUAAUAAUUUGAUUAAUACGUAAGAAAAUUACAACAUUAUACAUUUUUUUGGGAAAAUCUAAUUUUAUUAGAAAACUAGCAAGCAACCAUCAAAAUUUAAAAGGAUUCAUUAAUAAGGGAAACUGAUCUACUCAAUAAAAUAGAACAAUGGAAAAUAACUAUCAUACAAGAAAAAACUCAAAUUUCAUCAUCCAAACCCUCCUCACUCAUUUUAGACCAAAAGAAACUCAUUUAAACGUAAUCCGUCUAAUAAAAAAAUAUCCUUAAGGCUUUGCAACAAUAUUCUGGAUUAGGCCUUUAAAAGAAUUAAUUACAAUCGAUUGCCCUAUUUGAAGAUCUAGCCAAAUAGGACUAUCCCAUAGCCAAAGCUAUAUUGGGUUAAUUAAUUUUGGAAGGCCAAUUUUGUGAAUAAGAUUAUGAUAAAGCUUAUCAAUACUUUUCAGAGAGUGCUGACCAAAAUUGUCCAAUCGGCAUUUAUUUUAUGGCAAAACUAAUAUUAGAAGGAAAAGUCUAAAAUAAAGUAUUUGGAGAAGCCUAAAAAUCAACCAGUAAAUUCGAUAAUCCAAGAAAUCCUAGGGAUGAUGAGUGCCAAUUUGCAAUUUCAAUGCUUAAAAUAGCGUCUGAUUCAGGACAUGUUGAAUCACAGAUUUAUUUGGGAGACUUAUAUUGUUAUGGACAUAAAUUAGAUGAUUUUAUUUUGGAAAGUGAUUACUCAUAAUCUGAGAUCUAUCUCAAGCAUGCUAGAAAACAGGAAAAUGUAGAAGCCAAAUAUAAAUUAGCUAAACUCUAUUAAAAGAUGUACAAAAUAUCCAUUUACAAAAAUAGGAUAUAAUUUGUUUAUCAAUUGUUAUUGGAGGCUAAAAAUAAUGAUUACUUGCCUGCCUAUUAUGAUUUGGCCAAAAUCUUGAUUGAAGGUAUUAAGGAUGAAGUGCAGCCAAAUCAAAUGAUGGCGGAAUUGAUUUUGGAACAAGGGGCAAUGAAGGGUAAUAUAGACUGUGCUAGGCUAAUGUUAGAAAGAAAAUAUAAUAAUUUAGUUAUUAAUAGAAUCAACAUACCAGUAUUUCUGCAAUUAUUGGAUUCUUAUGAUUAAAUAUAGCAUAAAGCUGAGAAUCUAACAUUUUAUUAUAGAGGUAAAAUAGCACAGAGUGAAAAUAAUAAUUAAUUUGCUACCUAAUUAUUUAAUUUAGGGGCUAAUUUGGGUUGUUCUAAGUGCAAAUUGGAGUUGAGUUUAUGUUCGAAAAAAGAUUAAAUAAAAAAGAAAGAGGGAGAGAAACCAGAAAUAUUUUAGGCCAACCUUGGCUUUUUGUAAUUGGUUAAGUAAAGUGAUUGGAAAUCAAGGUUCAGAAAGUAAAGUUAAUUUUCAAAUCCAUUUAAUGCCUCAUAAAUUGAAAAUGAUCAAUCAACAUUCUAAGCUAGAAUGACAUCUAGUAUAAUAAAAACUAUAGAUAUAAAUGAUGGAGAAGAUAAGAGAUAAAGAGUGAUCUCAGAUUAUACUGGGUUUACAAAGUAAUAAGUUUCAGACUAAAGUAUAUUGUUGUCGAAUUUGAGAGCUAAACCAAACGAUCAAGCCCAAAUUAAUUCAAAUAAUUAGAUUCAGGAAUAAUAGUAAAGAAAAUCAUCAUAAUGUACAAAAAAAGAAAAACCGAGGUUUUUGAGACACUUAUCUUAGCAUGCUAUUCAUUCAUAAUCUUAAAAUGUAUUAAAUAUUUAAAAUGAAUGA